GUCAACUGAAUUGAAGCUCCAACCCCUCUUUUAUGAAGCCAAAAAAAAAAAAAAAAAAAGAGCUUUCUGCUGAUCUCAGUAUUUUCACUAAAGUUUCUCUGUGAUUUUUUUCAUGGUGUAUAGGUGAGGCAGUUUCAUGGACAGCAAGGGAAGCGUUGCGUUUUUACUUUUUAUCACCAAUGUCUAAGAGAACCAACCUUUGAACCAACCUUGUCCUUCACUUGUCCUUAUUUGUUGUUAUCUGUCACCACAGAUAUAUGUAAUAAUAUAUUUUGUAGACCAUAUAUACUCAUUUGGCUUUCUUUACAGUUCUCUGUAGUUCCUUUGUCCUGCCAUGACUACUCCAUUGCAGCCGUGCCAUUUCCUUCAACCAUAGAUGUGGCUGUUCUUGUUGGUACCGUAGUUUUUUUUUCUUUUUCUCCAUCAGAGACAGACUCUCUGCAAUAAAUUUUGAUCUUUCCUUGGAAAUCCUAAAGGAGAGGCAGGAUGGUACAUCCUGAGGGUUUUGAUUGUGGGUCAGAGUUUGUGGAAUUUGAUCCUACUGGUAGAUAUGGCAGGUACAAUGAGAUUUUGGGAAAAGGGUCCUCCAAGAUCGUGUAUAGAGCUUUUGAUGAGCUUGAAGGAAUUGAAGUUGCGUGGAAUCAGGUGAAACUCUACGAUUUCUUGCAGAGUUCCGAGGACCUGGAGAGAUUGUACUGUGAGAUCCAUCUCUUGAAGACCCUCAAGCACAAGAACAUUAUGAAGUUCUAUGCUUCUUGGGUUGAUAUCGAAAAUAGGAACAUCAAUUUCGUAACGGAAAUGUUCACCUCUGGUACUCUUAGACAGUAUAGGCAAAAGCACAAGCGGGUUAGCAUUAGAGCAGUAAAGAAUUGGUGCAGACAGAUCCUGAAGGGACUGCUUUAUCUUCACAGUCUCGAUCCUCCUGUCAUCCACAGAGACCUCAAAUGCGACAACAUAUUUAUUAAUGGCAACCAAGGUGUAGUUAAAAUUGGAGAUUUGGGGUUGGCAGCCAUAUUGAAGAAAUCCCACGCUGCUCAUUGUGUUGGCACCCCAGAAUUCAUGGCGCCAGAAGUUUAUGCGGAAGCAUAUAAUGAACUGGUAGACAUAUACUCCUUUGGAAUGUGCAUCUUGGAAAUGGUAACUUUUGAGUAUCCAUAUAGUGAAUGCACUCAUCCUGCUCAGAUCUACAAAAAAGUCACCUCCGGGAAAAAACCAGCAUCUUUAUACAGAAUUACUGACACUGAAGUGAGGGAAUUCGUGGAGAAAUGCUUAGCGACAGCUUCACAAAGGCUUCCUGCUAGAGAGCUUCUAAAUGAUCCAUUUCUUCAGUUAGAUGAUUCUGGAGCAGAUUCGAGGGUUAUAGAGUACAGAGAACCAAUAGCAGAAAUUCCUCUUUGCCGUCUAUCUCUUCUGCCAUCUGAUCCAACCUGUAAGCAGUCUGAGAUCCCUAAUCACAUGGAGCAUGGAUGGGGCUAUGAACUUGACGAGCUAGGAUACGGUUGUGAUGCUCUUUUAGCUUAUGAUGAUGACAAUGACCAAAGUUCCGCAAAUUUGGGCAUUUCAAUCGAGGGAAAAAAGAGAGAUGAAGGCAUUUUUCUGAGACUUCGAAUUGCGGAUGCAGAAGGAAGUGUUCGGAAUAUUUAUUUCCCGUUUGAUGUUGAGAAUGACACUGCCCUAAGUGUUGCAGUGGAAAUGGUCACCGAACUUGAUUUAGGGGAUCAAGAUGUUACAAAAAUUGCAGAAAUGAUCGAUGGGGAGAUAGGAUCCUUGGUGGUUGACUGGAAACCAGGGUCUGGAAUUGAAGAAGCUCAUGAUUCCGAAUUUCAUAGUCACAAUAACAGUGUACCAAAGGAUCCAUCAAGUUGCUUGCCACAUGACCAUCCUCGAAAAGGACACCAUGCCCGCAAGCCUUCACAAACAUUUCACAGCUCCCGGCUUGAGUGUGCCUCCAUGCAUGGUAGAUUUGAAGAGGUCACCUACCAGGUUGAGGGAUCAGAGCACUCCAUUACAGAGGGCGCUCCUAUCUUUUCCGGCCAAUCUGAUGGUCUGCAGUUUACAGACAUUUGGGCUCAACAUGAAGGUUCGGAUAUUGUGGCAUCACUAAAAUCUGUUAAAUCAAGAGAGGUGUUCUCCAAAGAAGAAGGAUGCAGCAAAUUGGAUCGAAGAGAUCCUCAUGCCGACUUUUGUUCAGGAAAUCCUGUGGAAAACGACUGCUUGGAUGUGAGCAAUCAUUGCACUUCGGACUACUUCUGUCCUCCUAGUUGUUGUUCCUCGCCAGAGGACUUUCCUGAGGAAUCAAGCAUGCAAGAAUUAAGAGGGCUUGAAGCAAAGAAUCAAGGGGAAGUGAGGAAAAUAAAUCAGCAUCACUUUGGCUCCCGAACAGCUUCAGAUUCAUUACUGGCUACCAUGCACAGAAAAGAAACCGUCCGGGAACAUUUGGAAUUUCCAGAAAAGGCUUUCACAGCAAAGAAUUGCUACUCUGAUAUCAUGUUACCAGAUAACUUAUAUCGGAGGCAGUCUCUUCCAGUGGAUGCGGUUGAUAUCUAAAGUCAUCGGCCAUUGUAUGUCUCCCAUGGACGGCCUUUGUCUGUCUGCAAAUACAAUCACAUAUCUAGAUUUUUUAUUCCCUUAUUAACUCAUGGGAGGUAGAGGUUUGGCCAGGAAAAACAGCUAACUCCUGAAGGAGUUUUGCUUAUAUUUGCUGCCCCAUUCCUGGGCGCCUUUUCAUGAAACAAAUACAUGUAAUUGUCAGCUAUAAUUGCACCCCAUAAAAGAAGUAUCAGGUUCCAUGGUCAAAACCAUGUCAUUCAAACCAACAUUAUUGCAACUCAUUAAACUAAGUUGGUGUUGAAGCA